AACAGCUGAAGAAUAGCAUGUGCAGUAGCGGCGGUUCCUUAGGAAUGAAACGAAUCCGAUCUGCUUGCGUGAGAACAAGUUCUUCUAAAACCUGCUUCGUCAGUUUGUCGAGGGACCUUGUAGAGGCAAUAGGACUAAGAGUUCAGGUGUGUCUUCUUACUCUUCUAGCAGUUUUCUUAGUUUAUACAGUAUGUGGUCCUUGGUCCGCGGCUAAAAAUUAAGCUAGUUGAUUAAUCAUGAAUAUCUUACCUGAAUGAAACCGUUUCGAGCUGAAAUACCCCCUGUUUCUCUCGAUAAUCGUGAAGUUGCAAGUUCCAAUCUUAAGUAUUUGUAUAGGUAAUAGCAUGAUUUGUAGUGAUAUUUGGAAUAAAUACCAGGAGUGAUAUUUCGAAAUUGUUAUACGUAAUUUCACGAGCCGUUAGGCGAGUGAAAUUUGAGACAAUUUUGAAAUAUAACGAGUGAUAUUUAUGCCAAAUAUCACGUACAGAUCAUGCUAUUAUUUGUUUAUACUACUACCCACAAAAGGUUUGUAAUUUUCACUUGUAGGUAUUUCAAAUUAAGCUGAAAUACCACUGCUCUUAGCCAAUCAAAUUGCAGAAAUCUGUCUUGUAGUACUAUAAUGCUUGUAAUUUGACAGAAAGGCGACCGUGCUCGAUGGUCCUUAGUCCGCGAGCCGCGACUCAGGUAGGCAGCACGAAAAAGACGUGAGAAUGCGAUAGUUUCCACACGAAACGUAAUUUCGAUAAUAUUUCAUGCAUUUUUCUAUUCUUGAUGCAAUAAAGCUAAAGUUAUAUCGGAAGUUGUUGUGAGUAUAAAAUAAGCUGCUUUUCUUGCAAAGACCUCGGACAACAUGUACAGUCUCCCACACGAGCGGUUUACAGACAAGACGCUAUCGGAGCGUACAUUUUGUCGUGGUGGUAUCAAGCAUACGUGAUCAUGAGGCCACCUGGUUCUUCAAAUCCCGACCCGAUUUUAGACCAAAAAAUGUAAUUUUCUACACCCUUUUUCAGACUAGACCUCUAAAAUCCAUACCCGUUUUCAGACCUGGCCUUUAGGCAGAAAUUAUGUUAUCAUUACUUUGAUUAGAGCACAAACAAAAUAAUUAUUCAAUCCAUUUUGAAUUUGCACAUUUCUCUUUCUUUCUUUCUUACUCAUUUGGAGUUGAAAUGAUAAAUAUGUUCAUACACUACGUAGUUCCCUCAAAAACCAUACCUGAUUCCAGACCAAAAUAGGCAAAGUUUAUACCCAUUUUCAGACCAAAUUGGUGCAAAUACCCUACCCGAUGGGGUAGCAAAUACGUAUAUGGCUUAUAUAAAGGAGUAGCCCCACCCCUGGAUGUGAGGAUUUUUUUUCUAUUUGUGUGAUAAGUCCUUGUCAUUUCUUCAGUUUUGCAAGGCAGUUUCUACAGAGGUAGUUGUUUUCGAUAGAUCUCAAAGCUGUCAAAAAUGAAUUUUUAAAAGACUCUGAUUUUGGCAAAAAUUGUCAAACUUAGUGGCAACACCCUAUUCCUAUAAUACAACAGCAUAAAUUACAAUAAACUGACAAAUAAGACUACUUCUUUUUCCUUUUGCUAUGUAAAGAACUGUGAUUUCUUUUUUGCACUGCAACUUGUACAAAUUUAAUUUUAGCCUUGCUGAAUAUUGCUUGAUUGUUGUGCAAAGAAAUGUCCUAUCACAAAGCAUAUUAGAAACUUAGCCAAUCAGAAAUGGAUAAAGAUUUUCCUGAAAAUCUGCGGGAUACCAGAACAAGCUUUCGGGAGCUGUUGCGCAGAUGGACUACAUCGAGUUCUCUAUCUGGGUCUCUAGUGUCAAGUCUGGCAGCAAAGGGCUCUAGGGUUUUAAAUAAUAAAAUUAGGUGUACCUUUGGAAAAUAUUCCUAGAGAAUAUAAUAAAAACCGCUAUUUUGUCCUUACAUUUGUCUACAGGUACGCAUGUUUUCAUUGUAUCGUAUUUAUUGUUUAACCGACUCCUAAACUGUAUAUUGACUUUGUUUUUAUAAUUAAAAUGUUGCAGGGUCAACCAUUUGCUCUUCAACUGCAGUGGGAAAGUUGUAGCGCUUUUACUAGCUGGUCUGGAGAAGUCAUUCACAGCAACAAGCAUGAUCUCUUAACUGGAUCUCGUUCUAUUGUUCUACUUGGAAAAAAGUUUGCUGAUUCACUGGGACUGAAUGAGGAUCAACAGGUUAAUACAUGUGCCUAGUGAAGAAACCUUACCCGUUUUUAUCCUAGUAUUUUUGGGACAGCUGUCCACCCAGGUUGUAGGGGGGGGGGGGGGGGGUUGGGCUCCCGUAUAAAAGUGACAUGGAUGCUCAUCAGAAAAUUGAAAGUAAACCUCUGUAAUCAAUGUGGGUGUGGCUCAAACUUAAAAGUGACCCUAAAGUAGACCAUACUAAAACGACAUAAGCAUAACGACAUAACGACAUAAGCAUAAGGAAUGCCUGUAUGGGCAAAUAAUUAUUGUGACUUUCCAUCCCCAAUGUACGCUAAGUGAGACCAAAAUGUGAAAUUUACACUCUUAAGGAAGAUGGCGUGGAAUCCCUGUCACUUUUAUGUGGGAGACCUCCCUCCUGGAUGCACAGGCUGCCUUCUCUGUCCAAACCAAAUAAUGAAGGUCGACAACCUUAAAGGGAAGGAACUGUGUCACGGCAGCAGAGUCUGUUCUGUUUACUUUAAUUUUGUCAAUUACUUGCCUUGAAAUGCAGCAUUCCCAAAGAAAAUUUUAAGUCUGCUAUUAAACCCUAUGGUGUGAACUUUUUUGUUCAUGCAAAAUUUUUACAGAAGUUUUCCCCACGGGCAGCAUUCGUUACUAGUAAAGGAGUUAGUAAAGGAGAAUCUAGGUCCUGAAUAUUAGCUGCCUCCUCUGCUUGCUAAGUCACUCUCUCCAUGAAAUUCAUGUCAGGCUAACAAGAAUUAAGAAACUUAUGGUCAUUAUUGUGACCUGCUGAUGGUAUUUUUCUGUUUUGUUGAUGUCAUUCAAGAUCCUUGUUGAACCUGUUCUUAGUAUCCCAUCAUGCAACAGAAUCAGUGUAGAUCCGCUCAGUGCCAAUGACUGGGAGAUCUUGGUAAGUUGUUCUAGACAACACCUGGAGGCUACUUGACAACUGUGAACACUAAUGAUUUUAUCAAUAACUUUCAAAGAAGUUUUAAAAUUCUCUUGUAUAUAGACUGUGUGAAAAGGAGUCAUGCUGGUAAGGGUACCUCUGACCUUGCUUGUCUAUUGAAGAACCAUCAAAUGAUGAAAAAAUUGGGGAUUAAUGGGGUUUUUUGUUUGUUUAAGGUACUUGGCAUACAGUCUCUCUCCUCAGAGGCAUUGUUGUGUUGUAAUCUUAAGUCUUGGAAAGGGGCAAAAAGAAAGUGCAUGAAGGAUUGCCCAUAGUACUCACUAUUAUUUAAUUAGUGCUAUAUUUUUUAUUGGAAUACCCAUUGGGAGCCUCUGUGGAGGAGAGAGGUUUAUGUUUAUGAGUAAAAAUUAUAUUCAUGUUAAAAUUAACAUUUUUUAACCUACAAUUGCUCGGUGAGAAAAUGAGUUAUGACACUUCACAGAUCAAAAGGGGGAAAUACAGCUUUGCAAUGUUGUGCCGCUGGUCGAACUACCUAAAGAAAACAGCAAGCAUCCCAACUUUGAAUGGAGGGGACAGGGAAGGGGUGCCGAUUCUUUUGUACAAUGUCUCAACAAUUUUGUUGCUGAUUGUAGGUUGAUUUUCCAUUCUCUUUUGCCUCCUAGCUCUCAGAUUAUUCAUGAAUUAGGGCUAAAAGACAAUGGAAAUUGAGAAUCAACCUGGGUUAAGAAUUUUAUCCUGUUAAUUUAAUUUUGACCUGUAACAUUAUAUACAGUGUACAUAGUAGUAAGUAUCAUGAUGGCACAAGCUCCUCUAAUCAGAUCUUUUAUUUAUUAUAAUUAUAAACACUAAUGAACUACCAAACCAUUUCACUUUAAUAGUUUUUUGGUGUGAAAGGUGCGAUUUAUUAUGUAGCCAUAGCAAUGGUGAUAUUUUCACAUGUGAAGAUAACAUGUUAUUUUUACAUGUGAAGAUACCAGGUUUUCGCGCAAAAGCUCACCUGGUAUUUCAUUGGUGUUUAUAUAAUAAUAAGUUUUAUUUGACAUCUUGAUUUGUUAGGAACUUCAUGCUGGAUAUAUUGAAAGCCAUCUUCUGAACCAAGUACGUGUGGUGUUUCCUCAGCAGAAACUUCCAAUCUGGAUUCAAAAUAAUACAUGUGUGGUUGUUCAAAUUGGUAAGGUAGAUAAAUGUUUGUGGAAGAUGGUAAAUGUUGGUCCACAGUAAAUAAACGUUUGAGAAGGUUUCAAUGAAAUUUUUGUUUAUCUUGUGUGGGGCAAAGAAAUAAAAUCUGAAGAGUAUUCUCUAAAGUGUGUAGAUAGGAUUCCAUUCAGCAUAGUAAAUAUUACCACAACAUCAUUUCUUUCAUGGGGUCUUUUUCAGUGUGCUUAUUUUAGUCCCCUACAUCAGAGCCCUUGGGCUUACACAAAUCAAAACAAACAAAUAAUGCAGAUCGAUAGGUGUAUUAUUGUAUGAAUGUCCAUCUAAUGGAAAAAAAUCUCACUCUAACUGGAUUAAAAAAAAACAUAAAAAUAUUUGUCAAAAGCGUACUGAUUAAAAAGGUUUUGUUUCAGUGGUCACACCUCAUUUCCAAUCAAUCAAACAAACAACAAACAAACAAAACUUUAUAUUUACACAUAUUAAACCUAAAUACAGUUGCCCUGCAAAUUAGCAAAGAAACGCUAUUCGAGGCAGGGAAAAGUAUUGUAUUGAAAAUAAUGAUUUAAAUUAGCCAACAUAACAUUACAGAAGCUGAUCUGUAUAAUAGUUACAAUCUUCCCUCAUCUCUUUUCCCCCUUUUAAAAAGGAGAUAAUAAUAAUAAUAUAGCUCCAGUGACAACCAAGGAACAGGCAUCAGUUGUGUUUUUCUAAUAUUAGUACUUACAAUCCUCUAAUCUAUUCCGAUCCUUCCUCUACAGUUGAUCUGGAGCCUUGUACCAACUGUGUGAGACUUGAUGAGUUUACAGAAGUUGUUGUAUCACCAAAGACAAGAGAUACAAAAAGUGUCAAACAAGGUUCUGUUACUUCCUCUCAAUUCACCUCACAGACAAUCAGUCAAACCUCUGGGAUUCCAGACUCUGCACAACAGCUUGUAGAGGCAAGUGGUCUGUCUGAUGGUAACAGACAGCCGUCCACAACUGCUCGUAGUGUUGUAGAUACAGAAGAACAGUCUAGAGUCAUUGACACUGGCCUUUUGUCCAGAUUUUCUAGUUACUUUCACACACUAUUUUAUGCUCAUGGUAACAAAUCUGUUACAAAUGAAAAUCAGACAUUAGAACCCUUGCAGAGCAGUGAACCUCAAUUAGCUAGUACAUCUAAUGACAGCAAUGCAAUAAGAACUUUUGCAUCCACUUCUCAACUUGACGAAAAUGUUUUGGGAGAAACUGACUUUGAUAUGUGGUUACGAGUACAACCAGAACUUUCAAUGGCCAGGAACAUUUCAAAAUCGAAAUAUGCAUUUCAGCCAUCGGCAGUGUUUGUUGACUUUGCUUCAUUACCACCAAAAGUUCUGAAGUCAUGGACCUGUAAUCUGGACUUCUUUCCACUAGCUGAUGGAACAAUUGUAAAAACAGUGCAAAUAACUAAAUUACUGUCACCAAAAGAAAGGACUACUGCAUCCAGCAAUGCAGCUACAGUGAACAGAGUACCAAACAGUCAGGAAAACACUGAUUCAAUAACACAGGAAACUGGUGUAACUGAUGAAGCUGAAUCUCUAAGCAGAGCAAGUCAAGGUAUCAAAAAAAAGGAUUUUUUUACAAAUCGUAUGUGAAUGUUUGUACAUCUAGUGCUGGGUAACUAACCACCUACCCCUCCCCUAAGUCACAAUUUUGCCCUAAGCAAGAAGUAUAUAGCAUUAAUGUUGACUCGGGGGGUGGGAGGAAGUCAGUUACCCAGAAACUUCAAUUAAUCCAAUCCCCAAUCUCUUUGACCAUCACAUGAGUGUUAAAUUCUAUUCUUGAUAACAAGCUGACCAAGCUAUUGCAUAAUGUAAGACUUUGGUUGGAACUAGCAGUGGGAGUGCCCUGUGGGAGUGCCAUACCCCUGUAAAAGCCCAGGUAACAAAAGUGAUGAGUUUUAAAUUUGUUAAUUCUCACAGAUACACAACCUUCUCACUGGAUUGUAAACAUGGUGAUGACAAGCAGCAGCAGUAGUACCCUUAGCGCCAUCACUAAACACGGCUCUCAUAAACUGGGUGUGGAAAGUCAUGUAUUACCGCACCACAUUGUUAUGUCCAAUGAGCUACGACAUCUACUUGAUACAAAGGAUCUGUCUUUAGUUAAAGUUCAGAGUGUCUCAUAUGGGCCUUCAGACAUUAAAGGGAUUAUAUUACAUCCCUUUGGAGAUAAUAAUCAAGAGGUAUAUAUUAAAAUAUAAAUCAUAUUAAUUUUAUCAAAAAUUGAUUUUAGGAAAGCUUUUUUGAAGGUGGCCAUGGCAACCAAUAGAAUGUUAACCACUAAUUAAUGGCACUAGAAAAAAUAGCUUUAAUUAUUACAAUGCAAAUUCAGACUGUAUACAGUCUGAAUUUGCAUUGUACUAGUAAUAAAGCAAAAUAGGGCAUGGCAAAUGUAACAAAGUGGCCCUAGGAAAAAUACCUACAAUAUUCACUGUGACCAUGAGGUAUUUAAAGAUGGAAAAGCAGGAAUAAAAAUGGAUUGGAUAUCAGAUGACCAAGGGAAGACGAGGAAGAAGGGAUUGCUCAGGCCAUGGAAGAAAGCCAACCAGAAGAACAGUAAAUUUAUCAAGUGAAGAUAGUGGGUAAUUUUGCAGCAUAGUACAUGUAUGUUGAGAGUAUGUCAGAAAGUAACGAGAAUUACCCUUUCAAAGGAAAAAAAAUAGUAUUGUCAAUUUUAUCAACUUGCUAACCUGCAAACAAGAAAAGUCCACUUGCUUGUGUAUUGUUCACUUUAACAAAAACAUGUUUAGAGCCUUUUGUUCACCUACUGUAUUGCAUUUCAGGACAUCCCAUCCUCAAGUGUGUUAUUAGAUGCUUUUCAUAAAUGGAUAUGUUCUGUGUGUAGCAGAGAGGCACCCUUGUUACUUUGCAGUGGAAUGCUGUUGACCUGUGAUAUUCCUCAAGGUAGGCCUGCAUUGCAGCUAUUCACUAAUGAUAAAAAAUGCAUUGUUGUUGCUUAACUUUCAUUAUUUCGAACAAAAGAUUUUCCAGCAACAGAAGUUGGAAACUUUUGCAGAUUCAGUAUUCAGCUGAAUUCACUUCAUCACUGAUUACUAUGCAUGCCACAGAGCUACCUAUUAAUUUACUCUUCUCACGGUAAAUAAAUUUCCAAAGGCUCUUGUUUAAUGCUUGAAUUAAAGACUGAAAAUUGUGUUCUUUGAUCAUCAUGCUGAUUACAGGUACAAGUAUUUUAUGAUGUUAUUGCGGACCGGAAAAAGUAUGAUCAAGACAAUUGAGAAGUUUGGUGUAGUGAAUUUCAGAUAUUCAAGUUUGACUGUUUUUGCUGCUUUCAUUUGGCAAAGGGAUAUGACAAAAUAAUGAUCUUUUUCAGCAGGUCAUUCUGUUCAGUUUGUCGUCACAAUACUAAGCCAUGAUGAACAAACCUCCAGCUCAGCAGACAGACUUUCAUAUUAUCAACUUACCCCCGAAUCUCUUAACAGUGUAACAGUUGUCAUUGGAACGCCUUCAAAUUUAUUGAACGAUGUUUCUCCAGUGAUAAGUCCUCUUGAAAGCACGACACAAAACUUUAAGCCAAGUAUCGCAGAUCUGGGGUAAGAAGAUAAUAAUCAAGUUAUUUUAUGUACUAUAUAGUAAUGCAAAUUAUGCUAGUUAAGCAGGGCCUGAGGACAUGAUAUUAAAAGCUAGCAUACAUUCAAAGCAGUUUGGUCAAUUUAUAUGCGAUAAUGAUUUACAGGUGUAGUUUAAAGAUAGAGUUUCUCAAGGAUUAAAUAUUCAACUGCUCCCCUUCCUUAUUCUGUGCUCAGCUUGGCAAGUACCCUGUACAUCAGUAACUCUACAAAUUAUGCAUGUUUAUAGCCAAUAACCAUUUUAUUUUGUAUCAUUUUUUUUCUUUUAGUUUAUCCAGACACAGUAAGUCACUCCUCCCUCACCCCACUUCGAUUCCAGCAUUUUAUGGGCCAGGCGAGGUUCUAUUAAUUAGCCUUAGGGAACUAUGGUGUUCCCCAAAAGACCUCAUUUCCCUCAUGUAUUAUAUGUUUUUUUUAACAGUGGAGUGACAGAGUGCUUUCACAAGUGCCUAGAUCAUGCUUUGGCUGCCUUAAAACAGAGGCCAGUAGCAAAUCACCUUGGUGGCAACAUUAUCACCGGAUUACGCAGUGGAGCUUUGUUAAUUUGUGGCAGUGGUGCAGGAACUGGGGUUGGCUGCGGCAAAACAGCUCUUGCCCAUGCAGUGUGCCAUCAACUUAAUAAAUGGCCUGUCUGUGCUCAUAUCACUGUUGUGGACUGUAUUCCAUUCAGAGGUUUGUGUUAAUCAUUUUUAUGAAUGAUGUUUUGAAACUUUUAACUGAGUUUAUUGAUACCAUAUUUAUUCAAAUAAGUGCCCUCCUCUAAUAAGUGCCCGUCCUAAAGGCAGAAAAAAUUAAUAAGCACCCAGCCUUGAAUAAGCGCCCACCCCCACCCCACUCCCUCCCACGCAAACUCCAAUAACAGAUAAUAAGAGACCCUCCUGAAGAUGGAGUUUUCUUCAGAGUAUUUUACAGAAACCUAGCUUUGUUACAUCUUCGCUUUUUGUUGCUACCAUUUAUUGUUUUGUUGCACAAUAAACAUACUUCACUUGCUGAGAAUGGUAAAAAUUUAAUAAGCGCCCACCUCGAAUAAGCACCCAUUUUCAAGGUCCAAAAAUUUAAUAAGCGCCCGAGGUGGUUAAUCAAAUAAAUAUGGUAGUUCUUACUUUAAAGGACUUCAUAAUAAAGUGUUAUUUCAAGGCAUGUGCAACAAUACUACAUGGUCACAUAACAUAAACUGUUUACAGGUAACCAUAUGACUCCUGAAGGGUCAUGAGGUUAUCCUUAUAUUAAGAUCUCCUUUCAGAUAACCCAUCCAGCCCAGAAAGGUCGACCACACCACUGGAAUCUAUGUCCUCUACUCUUUAAAAACAGUGGUGUGGGGUCGUUUCAGUUGUCUCUUUACAUCUCACAAGAACCAGAUUGGUGGAAGUGCUGUGAGAUGGGAUGGUCUGCAGUGUAUGGUUUUCUGUCCCUAUCCUAGAAGACUAGAAAGUAUAACCGUUUGCAGAUGUUGUUACAACGGUAGCACUUUCUUCUCAGUUCUUUAAUUUAAGACCCUGAGUGUUGAUCAAGUCGUUUGAAUCUGCCACAUCUCACUCAGCAGACUGACACUCUCCCAACUAGGCGGCAGUGGUGGUAUUUAGUGUUUUACUUGCAGGGUUAUUGGUAGUUCUAAAGUAGCAAAGAGAAUGAUAGAUUACAGGGCGUGUUCAGUGAUUGGAUUGUGUUUUUCUUGCAGGAAAAAGAGUUGAAUCGAUUCAGAAGCAGUGGCAACAGGUGUUUGUUGAGGCCGCCUGGUAUCAACCUUCUGUUAUUCUGUUUGAUGAUUUGGAUCAACUUGUGUCAGCUCCCAGUGCCCUUCAAGAAAUGGGUGGAGAAGCUCUGUACAAGCGUCGACUUGCUCAAGGUGAGAGCCGGUAAUAAGUAUUGAGUCUAUUACACACUGUUCUCACCCAUCUACAUAUUUACCUAUUCAUGUUUCAUGUUUUUGCAUCAGUCAUUCAAGGAUUUAAACUACGUGUGCAUUUAGUUUCAUUGUUAUUUAAUGCAUUACAUUUCCUUUGGGCUGUUUUCCUACUCUUAUGCUUUGUCAGUAUGAGUGUGCUCACGUUGUGGAUGGCUCGUUCUAAAAUGUUCUACAAUAUUAGUAUUGGGUUUAAUGAAGCCAAAACAAAUUGUAGAAUUGCACAGGUUUUGGCAUUGUACUGUGGAACAGUUGUGACGUUUUUGAGCGCAAAAAAAAAAUUGCCAUCUGUCCUCUUUGAAGAAAUUAUUUAGAUCAAUUAGUAAGGUAUAUCAGUUAGAAAUCUACAUCAUUAUUUUCAUCAUUAACUUUGUUUAAUCCAUGUCAUGUCCAUGAAAAUUUCUCCAUGGGUCUGUUGGCCUUUUUAUGUACUAAAAAUAAAUUAUUUUUCUUCUUUCAUUCGCCAGUAUUCAAAGAUCUUGUCAAUGCAGAAAUUGACCACAAUAGCAGGGUGGUUGUCAUAGCAACCAGCAAAUCCCAUGACUCAUUACAUCCUUCACUACUGACGUCAAGAGGGUGUCACAUAUUUCAAUGCUGUGUGGAGCUGCAUCCACCAGAUGCCAAUCAGAGACAAGAAAUCUUGCAUGCAAUGAUAAACAAGCGAUUUCCUCAGGAAGACUCUCAGGAACUUGAACUCAGGUAGAUAUGAAUUUCUAAACUUAUCACAUGCUUUCACUUUAUAGCCAUACAGUCUCGAAGAUCAUCCUCGAAGCUUUUUGUUUUGGGAAAGGCACUGAACUUUAAAAUUUUGGUUUUUGUUGAGCUGUUAAUACUCCCUGUUCCCUGCCUUUAUAAAUGAACCACACUGCUAUAAUUAUGGAUCAAAGAUUUAAGACCUCUGUUUAUGCAUUUUAAUACCCACUUUCUGACCUUAGUUCUACCUCCACUGUCUUGACCUUUUCUAUGCAUUUAUUUUGCCAUAUCAUAAACUGCUGUUUAAACAUUGUAAGCCCCGCACCCCACUUAUAACUCCCACCCAUUUAUAGGCCCAUCUACCUGUAAGCGAAAAAAAUACGUCUGAUCUUAACCCCCCUGGGAUAUAAGCCUCUCCGUUUAUAAGCCCCCUAAAACCCCUUUCAAAGAUGUAUAAGUCCAGGGCUUGUAAGCAGUUAGCCUGUUCCAGGUGUUCAGAUAGUAAAGCACAGGUGAAAAAUUGAUGAGGAAAAAAAACAAAGGAGCCCCAGUCUCUCCUUGUUUUCCCUGUGUACAAUUUAACUGGCUCCCCACCACCUGAACUCAGCACUUGACUACCUGAACGCCUGCAACAGGCUAGUAAGCAGCAGUUUAUGCCAUACUCUGGCAACAAGAUCAUCAUCACACACAGUACUAGUAUAUAUCUUAGUGUUGAUAUAUUUUGUGCACUCAUUUCAGUUCACUGGUGAAGAAAACAGAGGGAUUUUCACCCAAAGAUUUGGGAUCUUUACUUGACCGUGCUUUUCACAAGGCAGCAAUCAGGAAGUUAAAAAAUCAAAAAGGUAAAUUGAAAUUUAAAAAAAAACAUAACACGAAAGGGAAGGCUAGGUGCAGUAGAUUGAUCUCAGUUAACAGGCACCCCAUGUAUUAAGCAGACAGUUAAGCUUAUUUUCUGUAAUUUUAAACUGCUUUUUCCGGUCCUAAGGAUUUCCCCUUUCAAGAGGUUCAAUUAAAUGUAGUAAAUACACUGUAGGGGAUAUUAAUAUAUAUUUUAUGCGUUUGAACGAACAAAAGAGUAUUAAAAAUCACUCUAUAUCCUGUGAACUAUUUUCUCUGUAUCCACAGAAGGAGGUUUUGGCCCAGCUAUUACAACACAGGACCUAAAGGGAGCUGUUGAAGGAUUCACACCUGCAGCAUUGAAAGGAGUCAAGUUACACACUGCAGGGGAGUUAGGUUGGUGUGAUGUGGGUGGACUGUCUGCAGUUAAAAAGACUCUGAUGGAAACACUUCUGUGGCCGACAAAGGUACAAACUGAUUAUAAGAUGCAUUGAAUGGUAACCGGUUAAGUCACCCUAAAGCCAUCUCACCCAAAGUCACCUGGCCUGUUUCCUAAGGCAGGCCUAAAAUGUUCUUAUUUGAAGUACCAAUAGAAUUAGACAUUGAUAAGUCUAAGUUAGAAGGUGUUGUAACAGUCAUUUGGACUUACCUGUAACUCUCGGACAAACAAAUAAUUAAUACACAGGUAAAACUUGCAGCUUUAACGAGUUAUUAUAAAGAACUGCCCACAUGCCAAUUGCAGAGUGCUCUUCCUAUACAUCGUUGUCCUUUAUUAGGUAGUGCAUUUCUGUGUACAAUUGCAACUUUACAAAUCAGUUUGUUUUAUUUUUCAUCAGUAUUCCUGGCUCUUCAGUAAAUGCCCUUUACGUAUGAGGUCAGGUCUUCUCCUUUACGGACCCCCUGGUACUGGGAAGACUAUGCUAGCUGGUGUGGUUGCUAAGGAAUGUGGGCUCAACUUCAUCAGCAUUAAAGGACCAGAAUUGCUUAGUAAAUACAUUGGAGCCAGUGAACAGGCAGUCAGAGAUAUGUUUACCAGGUAAUUAAGAAGUUAUAUUAAAAAAAAUUGGACCAAUAUUUUCAAGUUGCUAUUUCGUUUCCAUCCUGGCCAUGGAACGCCAAAGACGUGCUCUCAUGGUUGAGGUUACAGUCCUUAGAAGAACAAUUUCAAAUAAAACUGAACCAUUAUUGAAGGGUUCUCUCUGAUUCCAAGUGUGUUUUAAGGGUUUUAAAUGAAUACCAAACAGUCGUGAAAUACAAUGUAGCUCCUUUUAGGAAAAAGAAAUUUGCGCGACUUAAUGCGUUGUUUAGUGAUAUAAAGACUAGUUACAACAUUUUUCAAAGCUCAGUUCCACUUCUCAAAAUCCACGAUGCUUCCUAUAAUACAGACAUCUCUCUAUUAUGGACAAUUUCACUUGAUCUUGCAGAUACCGAAUUUCACAUAUUCCCACCUCGAUGGUACAGACAGCCCUUUAAUGGGGCCAAUAGCUCACGUUCAAUAUAUCAAAAUUCUAACGUGACUCCCAGGCUUCACGGACAAAAUUGCCAAUUUUUCACGAUUCCAUUGGCUUGCAAUUUCUAGAAGAGACUUGAGCACAAAGAAAGCCAAACCAAAUAUUAUAGAAAUAUGACCAGAAAGCCUCGGAGUCAUGUUAUAAUUUUAAUAUAUCGAACGUGGGCUUUUGAAUCGCCUUUCCUAGCUGGUCCUUUGGUGUCCAUAUUGAUGAUGUUCAAUUGUAUUGGAAUGUUCUUCUUAGUACUUUAUAUUAAAUACAGAGCCCAGAGUGCCAAGCCUUGUAUUCUGUUCUUUGAUGAGUUUGAUUCACUUGCACCUCGCCGUGGGCAUGACAGCACAGGGGUAACAGACAGAGUUGUCAAUCAACUUUUGACCCAGCUGGAUGGAGUUGAGGGACUGGAUGGAGUCUAUAUACUGGCUGCCACGAGUCGUCCAGAUUUGAUAGACCCUGCUCUUCUCAGACCAGGAAGACUGGACAAGUGUUUGUACUGUGGUAUACCAGAGAAGGUAAUUUUGUAAGUGGGACAAUAUAAACCGAAUUAAUACUGGUUGCCUCAAUACGGAGAGGUGACACAAGCCCUGCUGUUUUCUGUUUGCACGUCUGAUUUGGCAUUACAAUCAAGCCUCCAUGUGCCACCACCUAACGUAAGCGACCACCUCCCAUGAUAUAAGCGACCACACGUCCAAAUCACCAACAUUUUCCUUGUUGGUCUUAUUUCCUCAUAGCUGGAACCUCUCGUAAACGACAACCUCUCGCAAUAGGCCACUUGCACUAAGAGGUCACGUGACCAAUGCUUCCUUUAAACAAUGAGUUGGAAUCUUGCUGAUGCCAAAAAUUGAUGGAGCACAUAGAAAUUAUUUUACACCCGAAAAUUGAGAGGAAACGCAUUUAAGGGAGACAUUUUAUGGCACUUUUUUCAACAAAGUAGUAUGAUUUGUAUUGGCCGCCAUGUUGGAGGGCAUCUUGCCGUCCAACAUGGUGGCCAAAACUACUUUUUUCUUCUAUCUUGUUAAACAUUUGAUAGUUACGCUCAGAUGUGCUGAAAAUGUUUCCACAUCAUCUUUUCAACAAUUUCCCUGAAGUUUAAGUGCAAAAUUUGUGUUCAGAAAGAGGUAAUUCAUAGUUUUAAAAAUCACAAUUCGAAUGGCUAGCGACCACCACCCGUUGGUGACCACUGUUUGCGGGAACUUCGACUGUAUAUUCAUAUUAAAGUGAUUCAAAUUAAACUACCUACGCCUCAACAGUUAAAGGCUAAGUCUUAGUAGAAGGAAUUGUUUCAUAUUGUCCUUGCUGUUUUGGGAUGUGUUUCAAGUGUGUAUUCUAGAACAACAUUGAAAACCUCUAGUUCAAUCCGAAGGCGAUUGUGCUUGUACAAUAACAAGACAAUUGGGAAAAGUGUUUCAAAAGGUGGAUAUUUUCAAUAACUUUGGGUUGAAUCUAGCUAUUCAUUUUACAGUCAGAGAGACUUGAAAUCCUACGAGCCCUAUCAAGAUCUCUUCUCUUGGCCAAGGACACGAAGCUAGCUGAUAUUUCAGACAUGUGUGAAAACUUUACUGGAGCGGACUUGAAAGCCCUGUUGUACAAUGCCCAGUUAGCGGCAAUACACAGGAACACCAGCAACAGUCAACUGUAUAAAGGCCUGUUUAACAAGGACAGUGAAAGAGGAGAUGAUAAAAAUGACAGUUUGCAAAAUAAAGAUAUAAAAGAGAAGGUUAUUUACAUUCCUAACUUGGUAAAAGGUCCUGUACACGUCUCAUCAGACGAACUGACAAAGCUGCAUUCCGAGGUAAGUAAAAUAUUCGAUAGCCUGCGACAACAGCCGUCUCUUUUCGCCGCUAGGAACGUUUUGCCAGCCAAACGUCCCUAGCGGGAAAAAGCGAGGAGAGACAGCUGUGUUUUCGUAGGCUAAAUAUCCGUGUUCAUAUUUUCUGAAUGAGAAAAUAAUCGGUGAAUAUUUCUGUUUUUCGUUAUAAGAACAAAAAAAUGUAUGUAUGACCACAUGGCUGGCUGAACAGGCUAGUUGUACAAAGGUUUGAUAAUUGAAGUCGGCAAGCAUUGAUAUUUGAAAGUUGAAUACAGUAAAUUUUGCCGGGUUGGCUAGUUGGACAUUUUACUCGCUUGCACAAACUUUCGAAGAAAAAAUUCAUGUCAAAAUGAAAUCUAUAGUCUUAAUUCUUGUUGCUUAGGGUGCUAACAUUUGAUUCCUUUCUAUUAGGUUAUGGUUAUCGAAGAACAUCUCCGACAACGGAACGGGAGUGAUAAAAAGGUAUAAGAAUGGAUUAUAAUAAAUGAUGGUUGUAAUUGAAAGCAAGAUCUCAGUGAGAGUGAUUAUCUCUCAUUAGGAUGCACUGAGUUCAACAUUAAUCAAUCAUACAGUUCCAGUCGGCACUUUCUGUGCUGGACUUUGUAAGGGUCACUGAUGAAACAGUUUACGGUCGUUUCGCCAACCGUCAAGUGCUGGACUUUGUAAGGGUCACUGACUAAACAGUUUACGGUCGUUUCGCCAACCGUCAAGCAGCAAUUUGUUUGCCCCGGCUCAUUAGCGAAACGACUUGCCGCGUUAGCGAACAGGGCCGAGUUGUUCAAAGCUGGCUUUAGAUAACCCAGGGUUAGUGCCAAAUUUGAAUUCAGAUUUGAAAGAUUAAAAAGUAAAUUCAGUUUAAUUCUUUCUGUCAACAAGUGUAUGAUCGGAUGCUCUUAAAAAUAACAGUGAAAAUUAUGCGUGAAAAUGCUUUUGAACAAAAGAAAAAGAAACCCGGGUUAAAUUUAACGCUAGGUUAAGCGCUAAUCGCCCUUCGAACAACUGGGCCCAGGACGUUAGCGAAAUGACCGGUCACCAUCUUAACGUAUUCUUAUCGCACUUUUAAAUAUAUUGCUCUUCCUUCCCUAACGAAAAUACGUUCUUUUAAAAUUGGAUACCCACUUAAAGCAAGUAUUCCUUUGCAACGAAUUAGACGAAUAAAAAGUUUAAACUUUGUUUCUCUCCUCGUAGAUGUCAGCGACUGAAGUAUCAAAGCAACAACCAGCAGGUGGAAUAGAAAUCAGUCAGUCUGAUUUGCUACAAGCUGCUUCAUCUAUGGGCCCCUCUGUGUCCGACAGCGAAAGGCGCAAAUACCAGGCAAUGUACGUAUUGAACAUCUUAAAGUGCUCGUUAUGGGCUGGCGGCGGUAGCCUGCGUGGCAGGCAUAAAAAGCAAGGGGUGGGGAGGGGGAAAAGCGCGGAAGGGUAAAGAGAAACCUCUCCCCAAUUCCCUCUUCCAAAUUCCCGUCUCCCCGACCUCCUAUCUGUUCCUACUGCUUUUGACGCCUGCGAAGAAGGCUAGGCUGGUGGUAAUCGUGUCAAUUGCAGCCUUGGUCUGACUCCUCCCCAGUCGUCUUUUAUCAUUAGUGAGUUAACUCAACAGGACGACAGAAAGAAGAGGACGGCAAACCGCCUGAGUGUGACAAACGUGACGGGGGUAUUAAUCGCGUGUUUUGUCGGGAAUUCACUUAACAUUGAUGUUUUUUGCUCUUCUACAAAAAGAUCUGUUUAAAGGAAUGUGAAGUUUGGCGGAAGGUUUUUUCAAACAAAAUUUUUGUCACGCUUGUCACACAAGGUUUGCCGUCGUCUUUCCUCUCCCGUCCUGUUGCGUAAGUUUACUAUUUUUGAGCGCUGUAACGGAACAAUCAUGGGAUACUCUAAAGGCAUCUCGACGAAGAGGACGAUGGGAAAGGAGAGAGGGGGAAAAAAAAGAAACGCACCUACCCGCGCUUACGCUUCCCUCGUUUUAUAUUUUGAAAAUUAGUAGGAAACUAAAAAAGAUAACCUCCUACGCGGACUUUCUUAGAAGAAGCCCUGAGAACGUUUGCGUGGGAGGCUACAAAAGAGACUACUUUAGAUGAUCAAAACCUGGAUGCCAUGGUUUGUUAAGAGUUUUGGACUGUGAUUCCCUGCUAGCAGAGGCCUCUUUUCUCUGCUAUUUGGAGGCUUUACUGGCAGGGAAGACAGUGGGAACGGUGCCAUGAGAAGUGAAGAGAAAAAACAAGCACAGGGGGUGGUGAAGUGGCCUUGAAGGUUCUAAGAGGAUAACUCUAGCCUUUGGUCUACGAUGGUGAUUUCAGAGGGGAAAUUUUGUGGGCGUUACUGUUACAUUAGAACUUACGGUCACCAGCAGGUCACCACAAUGUUAUUUUGUUUUUCAGAUAUGAUACAUUCAUUAAAUCGCGUGGAGGAGAUUUUGGUCAAAAUUCUACUGGACAAGGAAAAGCAACUUUAGCCUGAACGUUUCAGUCUGGAUGCGAUACCAGAGGAAUGGUAUACAUGGCAACCAACCCAAAUGCCUCAUCAAAGCGUGUCAACCAAUGAACUUUGGAACUGAACUUUGUUUAGAUUUCAGUGCUACAAAAGAAGCACAUUAUGUAUGCCACUGACAUGGCUUCUAAUAACUUUUUUCAAGUUACCAUAUUUACUCAAAUAAGCUCCGCAUUGAGACGUUGAUUCUGUUAAAACGGAAAAUAAUAAUACCGCGUCCAACUUUCAAAUAAACAUCGCCCUCGAAUAAGCGCCGCAUUUAAGGCUUGAAAAGCGUUGCAGCACUUUUUCGAGUUAAUACGGUAUGUCAAGUUUACAAGCCAAGUAACGCUCAUAAUUUCCAAAAAUGUGCUUAAAAAUACGAUACAGCACAUAGCACUGGAACAAGGAUAGAGAGAGAUAUUUCCCAUCUUCCCAAAUGUUUCAUACGUUGUGGUUCAAUUUUAUCCUUGGUUUAAAUUUUAUUUUCUUUUGUUUUUGCGUAUGGUAAUGCAUGAUAAUGAGUUUGAAACAAAAGAAAAUAAUGGCCACACGACCACAAAAAAUUGUCCCUGCAAACUGCACGCACGUCUUCUGUAACAGCUACAAUAAUGACUGACAGUUCACUUUUAAAGUCUUUAAUUAUUUUGCUUAGGAGAUGAUAUAUUACAUUUAACUCUACCCUAUGGCCAAGAUAAUUAAUGAUUUUGUUAUUGUGCCAAUUAAACCCAGU